AUGUGCGGGUUCCGAGUUGCUAAUUUAUUCAUUAAAUCUAUCAGCCAAGAGUGGAGUUUUGAAGAUUUUUAUUGCAGAAGACUAAAACGUCAGAAAAAAAUGUCUGCAGGAAUGUGCUUUGAUGCUCGAGCGAUGCCUCAAAAAGAGAAGUGUUUCAAACCAAAAUGGCGGAAGUGGAUAGAUCUGAUAAUCCGAACAGGAAGUAAGUUCGGGUUGAAGCAGGCCUGUUUGAUUAAAAACUCUGGUGUUGUCGUGGCCUCAGUGGUUGGACUUGACAUUGGAAAGGAAGAAUUUCAGACGAUCACCAACGCUUUUAACCAAAGUGAGGUAGAAGUCCUGCGCCUUGCAGGAACCACGUACUGUAUCAAAAGCCAGAAUGCCAAACAAAUGGUCGCAUUCAAUGGGGGCAAAUAUCUCAUCAUUACCCGCUCUAAGACGAUGAUAAUCGUCUGCAUUUGUGUUGACAAAAACAAAUUAGAUAUGGCGGGAACCUGGUUGCAGAAAGUCGGCGACUGCAUUGAUUCGUAGUCCGAAAAUUUCUGACACGAAUUGACUUGACUGUGUCAAAGACAAAAAACAAUAGUUCGAAUCCCGAAUUUGAUCCGAUUCGUUAGAGAACAAAUUUUCAAAAGGAAAGUGAAAAUCGGGGAAACGUUUGUUAUUGGUUAAUCGCAAGCUCGAGCUGAAAACUUUCCAGCAAUAUUGAUGUAGGAUGGCUACUUUCAGAAAACUAGGCAGGAAAAUUAUUAUGAACAUACAUGACAUUUCCUUGGGGAGAUAAAAUGAAAAAAAUUUGAACCUUUGUAAUGGUCUUUCUUACUCUACGUGAACAUUUAUCAAAUAAAUCAAAAGCCUCGUAAAAGUUGUGCGUCUACACGCGAGUAUGUUAUGGUCAAAUCGGACAUGUGUCAGAACGGACACAAACAGUUGGGUAAAAACGGACCAAAUAUUUAUCAAACAUUGUGCGGAUCCGUGAGUGGUUAGAGUCAAAACGGACCUGUGACCGAACAGACUUGACAACUUCGAUCAAAAGGAACCCAACAUUUACAAGAAGUUGUGCGUAUGUGUGACUGAUUUCGGUCAAAACGGACCCUGUACCAAUAAAUUGGUUAAAGCGGACAUAACCUUUGGUCAAAAUGGACUCAACGAAGUCGAAGACAUGAACUGACAAUGAUCUGAAUAGACUUUGGAGUCCUGAUAUAAUAACUUCGUCCAAGGACGUUAAAAACAUUCCGGGUGAUUUGUGUGUUUUGUUAUCUGGUUACAUGUGCGAUUAAAUCGUUAUCGGUCGUGUUUACGAGUUAAAACUUGGCUUGACUAUCAUGGUUACGGUUAUCAUUGUUUUUUACUAGAAUAUUUUUCAUUAAUCAGAUUGUCAGAGUCCAGUGUGAUACACAUCUCGAAAUUGUCCAGCAAUUAAAAAUGAAGGUUAAUUUUCCUAAAUACACGUAUGACUUAAGGCGUGUAUGAGAAAAUAAAGUGGUCUCGCUGAUCUAAUCAAAUCGAAAUGAAAUUUGGAUUUUUGAUUUGUUGAUCAUGCUCUCCCAAAGGUAACACGAAUCUUCCACCUUUUCUAUCCCUUGAUUCAACACGUCGAGAUAAGAUCUGAUUUAUCAUUCUCUUGUAACUCAAUUGCUCAACAGCAUAAUUUUUAAUUUUGGUUUGUUUUUUCUUCCAAUUUCUAUGAUCUCUGUAUAUUCAUGAUAUUUGAAGUGUAACUUUUGACAAAUGUAAUGUAAGGCAUCCACUUAUCCAUGGUAAUUAGGCUAUAUCAUUGCUUAAGAUUGCUAAUUGCCUUCGCAGUAUAAAAUGGUUAAAUUAAAAUUUUAGCAGGUUCAUUGUAUUCCAGUUACUGCAUUAUCCCUGUAUUUAUAGUGUAGUUAUAUUGCUGUUAUGCCUCUUAUAUAAAAAAAAAAGAGGCAUUUGGCAGUAAAAAUGCCUUGCUCAGACUUUGUAACAGCUUAUAGGCAGAAUCAAUGGAUGAAAUUAGAAUGCUCCAAUGCCUUCUUAGCUCUCAGUUUUGCUGUUCAAAUGAUCUGCCUCGCAAGUUCCACAAGCCCUUAAGAGUAAGCAUUCAGCAAUUGUCGGUAGUUUCCGUAAGGCAGUGUGCUAUCGGAAUUUUCAGGAUGGACCGUUUGCAGAUCAAGCAUUAUAAUUAAAUAGAAUACGGAUUUACGACCUGUUUGAGCAUGAGAGGACGGAAGCAUCAUAAUAAAACCGAAUGUUGCCGAAUGACUUCAAUUGUAGCUCUACAUUCUGUUAUCAUAUUUUCGUUCAUUGUUUAUUAUUGUUAUGCUUUUGUUAUAAAUAAAAGAUCAAUUUUAUGAAAAUAAAAGAAAAUUUUAAUAAGCGUC